GUCCGUCACCAGGGGCGUGGCAGCAGUUGCUUGGGCGGGGCCGGUAGCGGCGGGAGACGCUCAGGCCAGGGGUUCCGGCUGCAUUUAUCUCCAUGAGCGCAGCCGGCAGUAGCGGAGCUGUGGGGACCCGGCUGGGGACGAACUGGGCAGCAGUAGCCAACUACGCUCAGGUUAAUUUGAAUAAGUGAUCUGACCUGACCAGCCCAACGGUACAACUCUUCAAGGAAAAUUAAUAUCUGCUGUGAGAAGAACAAGCAAUAUAGAUCAAGAUGAAUGCCAUGAUGGAUACCCCUGAACUCCCAGCUGUGUUUGACGGGGUGAAACUGGCUGCAGUUGCUGCUGUGCUAUACGUGAUUGUCCGGUGUUUGAACCUGAAGAGCCCCACAGCCCCACCUGACCUCUACUUCCAGGACUCAGGGCUGUCGCGCUUCCUGCUCAAGUCCUGUCCCCUUCUGACCAAAGAAUACAUUCCACCAUUGAUCUGGGGGAAAAGUGGACACAUCCAGACAGCCUUGUAUGGGAAGAUGGGAAGGGUGAGUUCACCACACCCUUAUGGCCACCGGAAGUUCAUCACCAUGUCUGAUGGAGCCACAUCAACAUUUGACCUCUUCGAGCCCUUGGCUGAGCACUGUGUCGGAGAUGAUGUCACCAUGGUCAUCUGCCCUGGAAUUGCCAACCACAGCGAGAAGCAAUACAUCCGCACCUUCGUUGACUAUGCACAGAAAAGUGGCUAUCGGUGUGCUGUGCUGAACCACCUGGGAGCCCUACCCAACAUUGAGCUGACCUCGCCACGCAUGUUCACCUACGGCUGCACAUGGGAAUUCGGAGCCAUGGUGAACUACAUUAAGAAGACGUACCCUCUGACCCAGCUGGUCGUCGUGGGCUUCAGCCUGGGGGGUAACAUCGUGUGCAAGUACUUGGGGGAGACCCAAGCAAACCAGGAAAAGGUCCUGUGCUGUGUCAGUGUGUGCCAGGGGUACAGCGCGCUGAGGGCCCAGGAGACCUUCAUGCAGUGGGACCAGUGCCGGCGCUUCUACAACUUCCUCAUGGCCGACAACAUGAAGAAGAUCAUUCUCUCGCACAGGCAAGCUCUCUUUGGAGACCACAUUAAGAAACCCCAGAGCCUGGAGGACACGGACUUGAGCCGACUCUACACCGCAACGUCCCUGACACAGAUCGAUGACAACGUGAUGCGGAAGUUCCAUGGGUAUAACUCCCUGCAGGAGUACUAUGAAGAAGAGAGCUGCAUGAGGUACCUGCACAGGAUUUAUGUACCACUCAUGUUGGUUAACGCAGCUGAUGACCCCUUGGUGCAUGAAAGUCUUCUAACCAUUCCAAAAUCUCUUUCAGAGAAACGGGAGAACGUUAUGUUUGUGCUGCCCCUCCACGGGGGUCACCUGGGCUUCUUUGAAGGCUCCGUGCUGUUCCCCGAGCCCCUGACGUGGAUGGAUAAGCUAGUGGUGGAGUACGCCAACGCCAUCUGCCAGUGGGAACGAAACAAGUCGCAGUGCUCUGACACGGAGCAGGUGGAGGCCGAGCUGGAGUGAGGCCUCUGGACUCUGGCGCGCUCCAGUGGCCUCCGCUGGGCCCCUCGUCCCCUCACUUGCUGCUUCAGGUCUCCCAUCUCCCUCCGUGACCUGGAUCUGACCUCACACCAUCAGCGGGGCCACUCAUCAUGCACACCUGUCUCGAGUAUGGGGCUCUCCCCUGGGAGCUCCAGGCUAUUUUUGUGCUUAGUUACUGGUUUCCUCCGUUGCAUUGUUAGCCAUGGUGAUAAACAGGGUUUUCACCCCCUGUUGGGUUUCAGCAUCUGAUUGCAUUUAAGCCAAGUACAUCUAGUUUCCCUAUUUAAAAUGUGUCUGAACAGCAGUUUUGCUUUCCCAAUCAAAAGGCUUUUCCUGAGAACAGUGAAGGACAUGUGUUAUUUUGUGGUGGUUAUGUGUUCCCUUCCACAGGGCUCCCCAUCCUAGGCCAGUGCUGAAGACACAACUGAGCUUGGGAAUCUAAGGGCCUGAACCUCCCGGGCCAAAUGGCAAAGGAAUUUCCCUGAGACAAACCAAGUUUUCCCUCCCCAACCUUCUAAGCAGUUUCUCACGCCUUGCUGCUGCUGAGAUUCGCAUGGGGCACUUGUUAAAAAUUCAGCCUCUCCGGUCCCUCCCCUUGCAGAGGGUCUGGGAAGGGGUCUGGGGAUUUUAAUUUUUGAGAAGUGCCCCAGGGGAUUCUCAUCACCAGGCAACCUAGGGAAACACCCUUCUAGGCCCCUUUCCAUUAGAACAUCUUGGUGGCUUGUUUUAUUGCAAUUUGUGGUCAUUGGUGUCACUUCACUCCCAGGUGACUCCAGAACAGCAAGGUGUAUUGUGUAGCUGCUCUGUGUGAUCACAGUGUGAUGUCCUCACAAAGGCCCUGGGUAGGAGUGGCCAUUUGGGCUGAGCCCUGGCUCUGCUUCUCAACGCCUAUAUGACCCUGCAAGAGUCCUUUGGACUUGAGUCUCUUCACCUAUGACACGGGGCGUGGGGGGGUGCGGAGCUUGGACCAGGUCGGUUGCCGACAUGACCACCAGUUCUGAAGUUCAAUGACAAACUCAGUUUACUGAGGUUUGAGAGAACAUCCCUCCUGGGACCACGUGGAUGUCAUCACUUGCCUUUUUUUUCCCCCAUCCCUCAUUUCACAUAAAGAGGUUUUGGGGGUCUUUUUAAGCACUUAAUUGUAAUUUUAGCUUUUAACCCUGGUCCCUUUAACUCUGGUUUUUGAUACCAAGCAAUUAAAAAAUUGGAUCUGAGCUUAAAGAAAGAUAUUUCCAAUCAAAGAAGGUACUAUUUGAAAGUAGACUUUGAAGGGAAUAGCCUCUCAUUGUAUCUGUUAGAUGGAUCUUUCUGAAAUGUCUUCUCAAGGGAAAAAUGUCACUAUAGGUUUCAAGUACUUUCUCCAAUCCUGUGGUACUUGAAUAUCUAAGAACCCUGCACUUUGAAAAAUCAGCAGUUGCUCUCUGAAAGCAAACAGCGCUAUGAGUGAAAUCACCUGGGUACUUUACAAAGCUAUUCUCUCUUCUUCACCCCCUUUGGCCCCAGGAUAGACUAGGAAAUAAUUAGUGGGUCUGCCUGGCUGUUUAGGGGUGAAGGGGGCCGCCUGAGCACUUAAAUACUAGCCCUAAGGGCUGCACUGGAUGGAGUUUGGGCACUGGCCCAAGUGGUUGUGACAGUAACGUCUGUAACCUGAAGAAGUUAUUUCCUGACAAUCAGCAGAUCACCUAAUAACAUCAGAAACAGCCAUUCUCUCAAAAGACUGGGAUUGCUGUGGUCUCAACUUUGCUUUGGUGUAAUGUCUCACAGUCAUCAAAUUAUAUAAUUCUGGCUCCCCCCACACACACUGUUGUUUUAUCAGUGCAUUUUCUUUUCAUGUUCUUUUUGCACAGAUUAGCACUUUAUCCUCUACCCUUCAAUUUGGAAGCUAGUCUUUCUCCUCUGUUACUUCUCCCACCACCCAACCAUGACUAUAAUCCGAAAGAUUCUUAGACAUCGUUCCUGCUACAACCUUCAUCCCUUGAGACUUUUUGUGAAAACAGGUAAACCAAGCAAUAACUUAAAAGGAUUGAAUCACCAUCCCCAGAACUGAGGGGCUCCUUUUGUUUGCCUGAGGCCCAUCUCUUGACUUACAGACGGGAGUGGUGGCCCAGGUGCCACUCACUUCAGGAGAAAAGACUGCCCUGUGGUCUCACACACAGAGGGCCUGGGGGUGUCCUUGGAGCUUAGGGCACAGCCUUUGUUGCCAUACAACCAGAGUCCCCCAGGACAGGGGGAUGGCGCACCCAGCUGAAAUCUCUUCAGUGUGUGAUGUGAAUGAAUGGCACUUACAUUCCAUUUUGGUUCACAUGACACCAACUGAAGCCCUUUAUUCAGGCUUCAGGCUCUCAGGCACAGAAAUGAGCAUGGGACUGUGGCUGUCUCACAGGAGAAUUCUUGUUUGUGCCUGAAUGAGAGUACAAAGGGACUGAAGGCAGAGAUGCAAAGUCGCCUACUCAAGGGACUGGCACUUUCUAUGUAGGUCAUCUUUUCGCUUCCUCUGGGCUUCUGUGCUCUUCCCAAAGUCAUUCAUGGCUGAUGAGAAUGCAAAUGCUCUCCUUGCUAGUAAGGUCUUAUUUGGGGUAAAACAAAGCUGAAUCUUUGAAGAGUGUUCAAAUGUUCUACUUUAAAAUCAAAUCAAGGCUAUAAAUUGUGUAGCUGUGGACUGUUCUUUGGCAGCAAUAACUUGUCAAAAACUAAGGGGGAGAAGCACCCACUUUUCUCCACUUGUCUUCCCUGCCCCCCAAACAAUUGGAAGACACUGACCCUAGUCAGAUUAGGAUUCUCUGACUUGAAAAACAGUGUCAGGUCUCUUUGAUGCAUUUAUGUUAGAAGGGAGGUUAGCUGAGUUGAAGGAAACCUCUUAUCUUUCCUGCAGCGAGUCUGUACCAGUGACUCCAGAGCAGAGUGAGGAGAGAAAGUUGUGUGUUGUUGUCAUAUUCCUUAACCUCUGCAGUGUUUUACACUUGCAGGGAAUCUUAGGACCCACCACAGAGUGGAAAUUACCUGAAAAGGAAGCAUUCCUGACAUGGUGUCAUGGAUCCAGGGCCCGGGAGACCCAGCCCCUCCACCCACAGUCCCAAACUCACGUUGGAUAAGUGAGCAAGUCACUUCACCUCUCAGGCUCUCAGCUCACCUUAGGCCAUCUCUAAGCCCAUGCCUAGUCGUUGUUGAACAUCUGCCUGAUCUUGGCCUCUGCAGCCCUUGUAGGUGGCGGUCGCUGCCCACAGCUCAUCACGAGGGAACUGGGAGGGAGCAAGCUUGUUUAUUCAGCUUUUCCCUGUUAGAACACUGGAUAUUGGCCAAAGCCUUGUGUCUCUGACUGGCAUCUCUUCCGAAUCUCCACUGUCAUCAUAGUCUUCUUUUGAUUCUGAGGGCAGUCUCAUGACUGGCAGGUGCUGGCCACCAGGAUGAGGACAGUGUCUCCAUGCUUCAGUGGGACAAGACAGAGCAUGGAGAAUUCCCAAGGCAGAAAUUCUUCCUUUCAUUCUAAAGCACAGUCUUCAUUGAGCUGAACUGCCUGGGUUGCUGAGCAUGUAUGGCUGGCAACUGAAUGAGAGCGUUCUUUGUAAGUGGGUAGUUUGAGAGGUGUUUCACCAGCUCCAAGGAAACAAUGCAUGUGUUCUUGUUUGUGUUUGCCGGGCAAGCAGAUGCCUGAGGUAUAAGAUGCUUUUCUUUUUUUCUUUCUUUCUUUUUCUUUUUUUCAGUACUGAGGACUUCCUUCAGUACUACAGCCUUCCUUCACACUGAACUAUAUCUCUAGCCCCUUUUUUGAUUUCUUAUUUUGAGACAGGGUCUUGCUAAAUUGCCCAAGCAGGACUCAAACCCACAAUCCUCCUGGCUCAUCCUCCCAAGUGCUGAGAUUGCAGGUAUAUACCACCAUGCCUGGCUGCAAGGAUAUUGUUUUGCUGUGGCCUUGACCCUAACUGAGAGCUAAAGAUCACUGAAACAGCCCAUCAAGUUGAAGGAACUUGUAGGUCUUUGUCCUUUAGGCAGACAGGAAUUGUUUGGCAACCUUCUGUCAUAGUAUCAUCUGGAGCUGUCUUUGCCCACAAAGCCUUAACUUCCCUCUAGAAAAUCCCUUGAUAUCACAACUGUAUUGUGGCACAGGAAUUCAAGUUCUGCUGUGGGAGUGUGAAGCAAAAGCACAACCAAACCAGAGCAUUUCCUGUGGGGACCUGUAGGCUCCUUAUGAAGUUAGACCUUUGCCUCCCAGCCCUCCAUAAUGCGAGCAACCAGUGCAGACCAGGAGGCCUCAUCUCUGACACCCCUCUGUCUUCUUGGCCUUGGUCUUGUUCAGAGCCACUUUGGAUUAGCGGGGUACUGGAUUACCCAGAUGCUUGCCUGCAGCAUCUUGAGGCCAAGCAGUUGAGAGCAAGGCUUUCUUCCACCUCUGUGAUCUAAGCAGAAAGAAGUACCCUGUUUUCAUAAACUAGGUUGCUUUUGCCAAAUUGUAUUUGGAGCUGAGGAAAGGGGAACAGGACCUGCUAGCAGAGAGAACUGGAAGACCAGCCAAAGCAAAGGCCACCUGCUCUCCCUGUGUCACUGCUCCCACCGCCUCUGGGUGCCAUGGCCCUCGUGCUCCCAGAGCAGCCCUUGGCAGCAGGCCACAGAGGGCUGCUCGCCAGCCAUUCUUAGACUCCUAGGAAACAGACAGCUGCACCUUUUGGAAGAGCCAGUCCACCGUGUUUUCUAAACUUUUUCCCUAGCAUAGAUGUGGAUAGAGCUUUUGUGUAUAGUAUCUCUGCUAAAUAGCUGAAAGUAACUUCACACUGGUGGGUUAAGUCUCACAUUCCAAGUUUCAUGAAGUUCUCAGUUUUUAACUGGACUCCUGUCUAAUCCAUAACCUACCUUCUCCCCCUCUGGUCCCCAUUAGCCAAGAAAUCCACUAUUGCCAUAAGUUGGGGACAGUCCACUCAAAGCACUUGCAGAAAUACCUGCCCUUAGUCACAAUGGACAUUCUCCUCCCAGACCAACACCUAGAAUAACCGCUGCCCUCCUUGGUCCCAGGGCCAACCUCUUCUCUCCCAGGCUGUUCUCAGGAGUGACCAAAGCUCCUGGGUGCAGGAGUUAGGUUCUCUUUGGUUUUGAUUUGGGCCUCUUUGGUUUUCCUAAAGCACAAGUCCAUGUAGAAGCCUGUCACCUCUCCACACCAGUUCUAGGUGAUCUGGGUCUCUCCCACUGCCUCAGGAAGACCUUCACUGUACCUGAGCUUUUGACUUCUGCCAUUGCAGCUGCCUUAGUGAUGCCAGGGGCUGGGGGCGGGGGGCGGGGGGGACACCAGUUUGAUCUCUCCCUUUACCCCGUGAGACCCCUUUCAGCCAUGUUCUUCUCUUGGCAGAUCUGCUUCCAGAUUGAUUUUUGAGAACCAUCACUUUUACAUUCCUGAUUCUGGUUUGUUUGUUUCUUUCUGAGUUUUCUAAAACUUCAAAUGCUGCCCUGAAAAUACUGUAUUUUUGAGUUCUUGUUCCUAGCACCUCUGCACUGCUGGAUCUUUGGGGAGAAAUACAGGAUCCUUCAGCGCCAAGGUGUUUAAGAUUUGCAACUAGCAAUGCAAUUUUUUCUAAAUAUGAGGAUAUUUACCUUUACUAAGAAAUUAUACUAAACAAUGAUGUCCUUGAUCAUUUUCUGUUCCUAUAUUACUUUUGAUUCUGUGUGGUGGUGAACAAAGAUCAUUACAAACAAAAACUGUAAUUUUGUUAUCUUUGAUUCAAUGGAAUUUCUUUACUUAAAAAAAAUAAAGACUAAAAAUGUGG